GGGUCUACGAGGCCGCUGGGUCGGUCGCCCUCGGCGGGACGGGGCGGGGGACGGGCUUGGCACCAGACGGCUCCGAGGCCCGCGGAGGUUUGGCCUGCGGGGGUCCCGCGCCGGGACCAGCAGGGAUUUUGCUCCUCCGCGCAGCUCCCGAAGGCGAAGGGGACCCUGGAGCCGAAGGCACAGAAGAGCCGCCAGAAGUUUCCCAAACUGGCAGAAGCUGACAUUUUAUUCCUCUGCCCUUCUCCCUCCUCUCCUCCUCCGCUCGGCAUGUGACUUUUAUUAAAUCCCAACUUCUUGCAAAGCCAGCAGACCCCGGAGCCAAGACGGGUCCCUGCAAGCCAGAGGCACGGAUGGGGCCUUGUUAGAGGAUCUGGGGGGGGGGAUCCCCCCAGCCUUCCUGGUGGUGAGGGGGCUUUGCUUCUCUUUUUCCUGUUUUUUUGAACUCUGCUGAGGGUUUUUGGGAGGGUGAGGAAGGGGAAUAAUUUUCUGGACUUUCCCAAGCAAGCAUCCCCCCCCCCGAAUUAAGGAGCGCAUUUGCCUGGCUCUUCUGCGGCAGAGGAGAGCCGAGCCCCCUCCCCUUGGUGCAUGGGGCAGCCGCAGGUGGUCCUCGGGGCCGGUAUCUGCGCAGAAGGGUCCUUUCCUGCCUGCCUCCCAACUCCGCUCCGCCCAAGAGGGAUGCAGAGUGGCUGCCCCCUUGGGCUGGCAGCCUCCACCCUCCGCUUGGCCCCCACACCAUGGACCCUGGGAACGACCCCCCCAUCUUGGCCGACGUCCGGCUGUGCGGCUACCUGCGCAAGCAGAAAUCCCGACGACGACGCUACUUCGUGCUGCGCUGCGGGGGGGAGCGAGGGCCCCCCCGGCUGGAGUAUUAUGAGAACGAGAAGAAAUUCCGGGCGGGGGGCCUCUGCUCGCGCCCCAAGAAGACCCUCCCGCUGGAGGGCAUGCUGACCAUCAACAAGCGGGCCGACGCCCGGCACCAGCACCUGAUCGUCCUCUGUGGGCGCGAGGGCACCUUUGGCGUGGCCGCCGAGAGCGCCGAGCAGCAGCAGGCCUGGUACCUGGCCAUGGUGGAGCUGCAUGGAAAGGGAACAGCCCCCUCGGAGGGGGACGGGGAGGCGCCCUUCAAGGAAGUCUGGCAGGUCAGCCUGCGCCCGAGGGGCCUGGGCCACUCCCGGAACCUGGCCGGCGUCUACCUGCUGUGCCUGACCGAGAAGACGGUCAGCUUGGUGAGGCUGAACUCGGACGAGGCCGCCGUGGUGCUGCAGCUGCUCAACAUCCGGCGCUGCGGCCACUCGGAGAACUACUUCUUCAUGGAGGUGGGCCGCUCGGCAGCCACGGGCCCCGGGGAGCUCUGGAUGCAGGUGGAGGACCUGGUGGUGGCCCAGAACAUGCACGAGACCAUCCUGGACGCCAUGAAGGCCCUGAGCGAGGACUUCCGGGGGCCCGGCAGGGGCCAGGCGCUGCCUUCCACCCCCAUCCUGGUGCCUGCCCGCCGUCAGCCCCACGGCAACCCUCCUCCCGGCCAAGGCACCUUCCCUUGGAGGAACCGCCCCGAGGGUGGUGGGACGCCCUCUUUGGGGUGGAGCCCCACGUCCCCGGGGCCAAAGAAGCCAGCGGCCAGGAAGCCGGACUCCUUGAGCGACUACAGCGCCAUGUCGUCCGACGAAGGCGGCUCCAGCCCAGGGGAGCUGCGGCCCCCCAGCACGCCCGACCCCCUGAGCGCCAUGGUGGUGGAGGGGGAGCUAGACUACAUCAGCAUGGGCCAGCGGGCCUCCCUCGGCGGGGCCGGCCUGCCCAAGUGGCCCUCGGAAGGCCUGGCCAGCAAGCGGGCAUCUCUGCCCCCGCUGCUGCUGGGCAAGGGCACCCCUGGCCUCCUGCGUCGCAGGCGGAGCGCCAACCCUGCCGCCUUUUCGGCCAGCUAUCCCGAGGGACUGAACCUCCACGGCGCAGAGCCCGGGUACAUGGCCAUGCUGCCAGGGGUGGCCCCGGGCCCCGAGGAGCAGGACUACGUCCCCAUGACGCCCAGCAGCGUCUCUCCCCCCCGGGAAAGCGGGGGCUACAUGCUGAUGUCCCCCAGCAGGAGCUGCUCCCCGGACAGGAUGGGCCAGUGGGCUCCGGGGGGCAGGGAGAGGAAGCCUCCCGCCGGGGAGUACGUGAACAUGUCCCCGGCUGGGCAGGCGGCCCCAGACGCCCCCUCGGAGCCCUUGUUGCUGCCCCUCCCGAGCCCCCCUCCCGUCUUCUCCCCACCACACUCCUUCAGGCGUGGCCCCAGAGCCCCCCGGCCCCCCGCUGGCCCCCGGCGCCUCUCCUGCUCCUCCUCAACCAGCUCGGAGAGCCUGGAAGAGGCUGCCCGCUACCCCCUCAGCCUGUUUGCGGACCCGCCCGGAGGUGCCAAGGCAGCCGCCUCGUGCUCGGGAGCCAACUACGUCAACCUGUCGCUCCGAGGGAUGCCGGCAGACGCCAGCCAGGUGCCAGCCCCCGAUAGCUCCGCCAAGCUGCUGGCACUGCCACCGUUUGCGGGUUGCCCGUGCGCAGCCGAGGGGGACGCCUCCCCGAGGGAGAGCGGGCUGAACUACAUCGACCUGGACCUGACCCUCCCUCUGCGCCCGUCUACCGGCCCCUGCCAGGCGGGGACGCCCCACAGCUACGCCAGCAUUAACUUCCAGCGCCUGGGGGAGCUGCCAGCGCCGGAGCCAAGCCCCAAGGGGCCUCCAGAACUCUGAUCUUCUGCCGGGAGCCGCAAGGCAGUUCAACAUGGGACGGCCUCCCCCCUCCUCUCCCUCUGCGGCUGGAGACCAUCGUUCCUCCCCCUCCCAGCCCUGCGCCCAUGGCAGGUUGGGGGCGGGGGAGGCCUGCAGCCCCCCCCCCCCAGAGGACUCCUGCCAUGCUGUUCCUGUGCCUCCCCUACACCAAAGAUGGAC